UCCAAACCACCCCAAGAAAGAAGAGGAGCUCUGCAAACACCAUACUCCAUAGCUAAAUUCGGACUCAAUCUCAAGUGAGGCAAAGAAGGAGGUUUAAAGAGGAAAAUGGGAGGAAAAAGUGUGGUGAUUAAGGAACUUGUCUAAGGUGUUCCUAGAGCUUUCACGAAGUUGAAAGAGUCGCCGGAGUGUUCGCCGGAGUUUGUCAAAGUUUGCCGGAGUUUCGCCGGAGUUCAACCGAAGAGGAUAGAACUUCAUAAAGCUCAUUCGAGGUGAGUGGAUGGCUUAAUGUCUUGUAACUCUUGGUUUAAGUAUGAGAUUACCUAAGUAAAUGUAAUAAGUGUUCAUAAUGAUGUUAAAGGAACUUAAGUAUGUGAUUAGUCAAUUUUGAAACCAGUGCCUCAAAUGGUCUCAAUUGAGGUAUAUCCCGCCAAAAGGCAACUCUUUAGACUUUGUUGAUAGGAAAUUUCCUUCCAUGGUUGAGAUGUGGGGUUUUUGUCUUGUUGGACUGUUUACCGGGAAACACCCUGGGCUUAAGGCUAUCUAUGAAUUGAAGAACACAUGGGGGUUAGUUGCAUUGUCAAAACCCAUCAAAGGGGGUGGGUUAUCUUUAAAUUUCAUAAUGAAGAAGAUAGAGAAAAAGUGUUGAAAGGGGGGCCUUAUACCAUUUUUGGCAUACAACUCAUGCUAAAAGCACUCUCCGAAGAUUUUUCGUUUGACGAUGAUGAAUUUCUUAAGGUUCCGAUUUGGGUUAAAUUUCCAAAUUUACAUAUGAAACUUUGGAAUGAGGAUGCGAUGAGUGAGGUUGCUUCCAUGGUUGGGGUUCCAUUAUCUACGGAUAAGUUACUCAGGAUAGGAGCAAUCAUUUCUAUGCUAGGGUAUUGAUUGAGGUUGAUGUAUCCAAACCACCGCCGAUGUCAUUUCCUAUCCGGCUACCGUCCCGUAAGGUAGUCAAUCAAUCUGUGGUUUAUGAGACUUUCCCCAACUUCUGUUUCCACUUCAAAGAAUAUGGGCAUCACCCAUUUAUUUGCAAGAAAUUGGCAACACAAGAACGGGAAAAGGCUAGAGAAGAAAAGGAGGAAUAGACGGGGAUUGAGGGCAUGGGGGCAGAAUUAAAGGACAAAGAGAAGUUACAAGUGAAGAAGGUUGAGAUCCAAAAAAGUACCUUGGAGAAAGAAGUAAGGACUGAUGACGUUGAGGCCGAGGAGGAGGACGAUGGAAGCGAGCCGGAUACAGUGCAGGACUGUGCAUCGCAGGAGAUGGGGCCGAUAUCCUCACCGAACAAGGACACCUCCUCACCGGAAGACUCGGAAAGUGAGGAAUCAGACUCUGGAAGAAUAGGCCUGAGUGCCGAUGAUUGGAAAAUCUUUGAAGAAUGCAAGGAAAAAAUUAUGGAGCUGAGGAGGAAAAUGGAGGAAGGUAGAGACAAAGAACCUGCUCAAAAGGGUUUGGGCUAACAGUCUGUUUGUUCUUUUUUAGGAGGAUGUGAUGUGAUGAUAAGUUUGUUCUUCUUUUUCUUGGAGGAUGUGAUGUGGUGAUAGCUCUGUUUCAGGGUGAUACAUUAUAUUUAGGUUAGAUUUCUUUUUCUAACUUAGAUAGCCUUUCGUUUGAUCUUGUGUGACACAUUGUAUAAUGUUAUUUUUGGGUGUUUAAUACAAUUACCGUUCAUCCAAAAAAAGUAUGUGAUUAGUCAAAGUAAUUUGGCUUAUGUGAAUGAUACUACAUGAUUUUGCAUGUGAAAAGUAUAAAAU